AAACGAUAACACCCUUCUGAUCUGCAUGAUCACGUGACCAUGAGCUCAAACAAAUGGACAUGCCAGGCUUGUGGAUGUUUUACCAAUACCAUCUCUGAUAAGAAAUGUUCCAUCUGUGGGCGGGAUCGACCGGCUGCUGCUGGAGCUACUGCCAAUAAUAGCGCUGAUGCUGGAGCCCAGGUAGACCAACCAACCCAAAACAACGAGGCGCCAUUCAAACUGAGAUUUCAGGUACACGAUGAUCUCUCCGGUGAUUAUUUCACCAACAAGAUCUAUAUUUCUCCCAUCGAAUGUGCGGGUCUAUUUCACCGAGCACCACAUGCCAACUAUUUCAAGGAUCGUGACGCAUAUCCCUAUCGCCCUUCUCAUCUUGUCCGCAUCAAUGGCAAUAAGCCAUUUGUUGUGAGCAGUGGCUCCAGUGUCAAGCAAAAUAUGGUGGUUUCCAUGAGAAAACUGCAACGUGAAAUCGCAAAUAUUGGUCCUGGAGAAAUUGUCACAUUGACACCCUACCAACCGUAUCCACCCAACCGACUGCGCAAGAUUGUCUUUUCCGCCAGGCCUGCUCCGGAAAGCAGUGAAAGACACGUACUAGACACUGACGUGAUGGCUCAAGAGCUCCACCGUGUACUCCAAGAUCAAGUAUGGGCAGUGGGACAGGUUAUGCUCUGGAACUUUGGUUUCGCAUUUUUUCUCGCAUUUGGUGCGUGUGCGAACUCAUCUAUGCACACCGUCAAGGGCUUUUCCCAUUUACCACACAUGUGACUGGGCCAGACGUUUUUGCCAGAAUAAAGUCAUCGGUAUUGGAUGCACAGGCAUCACGCUUGCGAGACCGAGAUCGCAUCUUGAGAGUGCUGCUCACAGAGUUCAACAGGGAGGAAAUUGAUGACAUUGUUCAUCAAAUUCGAACACAAUCUGCACCUAUAGAUGGCUUAUUGCUAUCCUGAUGCAAACUGGUCCUGCACCGCAUUUCCUUGAGUAUACAUUGCUUUGAUGACAUUUGCCUUGGGGGUAACUGGUUCAUUUCCUCUUGUCAGGCCCAACAAUACACUUCUUCAGAAUGAUCCUUUCCCAAAGUUGCCGGCCACUUUGAGUUGUCAGAGAGCUUCCUGAAUUGUACUUUGACACAGCACCAGCAUAGUCAGUCACCCUGUGCACGUAGAAUUUUGGCUGGCUAGGUAUGUCUUCUUGGCCGGGUGCUGCAGUUGUUCAUCUUUGUGUAUGGCCGCCCAAGUUCUGCAACUGUGCGGCCGCCCCAAGUUGGAAGACACGUUGCGGUAUUAGCCAGCGAGGUUUUAAUAGCCAACUGAUUACGGCUCAGCUUGGUCUCAAGGAAGAGGAUCUUGCCCUCCCAUUGAACAAUGUAUGACAUACUUCGAUCGCUAUUUCUAAGCUAGACUAGGCCUCUUCUCUAC